AGAAUGUAACAAAGAGAAAGGGAAUCGAGUGAGCUGCUAUCAGCUGUCCAUGCAAUGAUAUGCGAUAUGGUCACUUGGCUAACUUACAAAAACACAUAACAAAAUGCCUGAACGGGGUGAAUGGACUUGACAGGUUACGGUUGCAGAGGGAUAUUUGGGUAAAAGUAGGCUUCUUAUUGGCUAUGAGUGUGGAUAAUGGAGGAUGGUCAAGGUGGGGACUUGGACUACCUGAUCCAAGAUGAGGACACCAUCAUAGAGGGUGUUAGCAACCAGGUUUUGUUUGUAGUGGUUGUCAGUUUCACCUUCCUUGCAGGCAUCUUCACUUUGCUCUGCAGACAGGAAGAGCAGAAUAUCCAUCCUGAAAAUCAGGAGCAUGUUCGAGCUGUCCGACAGCAGCUCCAAACUGAGCAGGAUGAAAAUCCGCAGGCUGAGGCUAGACAGCAGUAUUACACAGACAUGUCUUGCCCUGUGUGUUUACAACAGGCUGUGCUGCCUGUGGAGACCAACUGUGGACACCUUUUUUGUGGCUCCUGCCUUAUAGCUUAUUGGAGGUACGGCACCUGGCUGGGUGCGAUCAACUGCCCAAUCUGCAGACAAAUGGUAACACUUCUGUUCCCGUUAUUUCACGAGCACGCCGCUCCUCAGAGGGUUCAGGACGGCGAGGCCGAACCUCAGCUUAUAUUACGAGACAUCAACAAUUACAAUCGAAGAUUUUCUGGUCAGCCAAGAUCUCUUAUGGACAGGCUGCGGGACGUCCCCACCCUGCUCCGUCAUGCCUUCAGGGAGAUGUUUUCUUUGGGCGGACUCUUCUGGAUGUUCCGGAUUCGAAUUCUUCUCUGUCUCGUCGGUGCCAUCACCUACCUGGCCUCGCCACUCGACAUUCUCCCGGAAGCUCUUUUCGGCCUUCUGGGCUUUAUGGACGACUUCUUUGUGAUCCUCCUCCUGUUUGUGUACAUCUCUAUCAUGUACAGAGAAGUGGUUACGCAGAGGCUUAACGGCUAGGCCCACACACAGAAACGGGGACAAAAGAGAGAUGAAUAUCUGAGAAGAGUUUGUUAGAAAAUAUUGGGUUUUCUCAGAGGGGCUUCACUUUAAUUAAAUGGACCCUGAGCGUCUGACUGGACAGAGGUUAGCAAAACAUUGUGAACAUCAGAUUUUGUUACAAAGGUUCUCAUUGAAAUUUACAAGGCAAAGGAUUUCAGGCAAACAAGUUACAAUCAAAUGAACAUGUAUGAACAAUGUACUGCUUCAAGAUUUAACCGUUUAAAAAAAUAUAAAAAAUCUAUUAAGUAAUGUGAUUAUCAACAUAAUACGGACAACUGUGCAAUACAAUGACGUCUUGUAUUUAUGGGUUUAUAUGUAAUGAUUCCAUCUUAAUUUUCACGUCAAAGAACAAGUGUUGAAUGGUGAAAGAGUUCCUGUUUGAGCUUGUUGUCAUUACAAUAACGUGUAACUAUGCAUAUUUUAUGAUAACUUGGGAAAGCAGAGCUUGUUGAACCGGUUGGAAACAUUUUCUGAAUAAUCUUUUUAAGCAACAAUUUAAAUUCAAUAAUCAAAACCUGCUUCCUGCAUGCAUACACGGAACACUCAACACCUUCUUACACAAACGUUUUCUUAACAAGCCAUUCUGAAAAUAUAAACGGAUAAUCCUGGACAAUUCUGAAUGUAAAUCGUCUAAAAAUGAAUGUGAAGUCAUUUCUGUUCAGUUUACUUUGACAUUCUGUUGUGAAAAGUAAAUUUGGUUUGAGCUAUGAAAUCAGAUGGUCAAUUCUUCAACAGUUUGCGUCCUUUUGUAUUCAGUACACUGUUGGCAUUAGCAUGUACAAUGCAGAUCUUUUUUUUUUUAUUAUUAUUAUUUGUAAAUAGUUUUAUCAGUGGUAUAGGCGUAUUAUCUUCAGACGAUGAAAUGAAAGGUGCCAUGUCUGUGUGCUACUGAAGAGCACUGGCUUGCACCGUCUGUUUAAAUCCACACACAGUUUUGCUUUCAAAAGUCACAUGAAUUGGCACCGUUUGCAGGAGAUCUUAAAAUCAUAUUUUAUUACCAUAUGAUGAAUAUUAGAACAAUUCUGAACUUUCAAUUCAAGUACAUUUACUGAGUAGGGAAAAAAAAAAUAUGUAUUUCAAGAAUGAAUUGCUUUUAACAAUGUAAUGAUCAAUACUUUGCACAGUCUUCCCUUACCUGUUAAUACAUUAACUCCAAUUAAACUUAUAAUAUUUCACAAUGUUGGAACAUCUCCAAAUGGUAACUAGAAUCUGGGGUCCUGUUUUAUGCCCUCAUCAGCUUUCCAAUAUGAUUAAGGUCUGUGGAACGACAUGGCUGGUGUUAUCUGCUUACUGAAUACUGGAUGGAUUUUUGCAUCACCUCGUUGAAAAAAGCUCACGGAAUUUAUUUGUAUUUAUUUGUGUUGGCAUCAUUUUCAAACAACCAAUGUGCAUGUAGACAAUAUUAUACAGUUUUAGUCUUGACUUAAAUGUUGCCUUUUGCAGCUGUUGACUAGCAUUAAGCCUUCAUCAUUUUUUCCCUCCUUUUUAGUCACUGUUCAUGCCGUCAAAAUGAAUAUGUGUCCUCAUCCUGCAUACAAGCCAGAGGUUUAGAGGGUACACAUAAUUGAGGAGCUGGGUAAUUCAGAAAAAAAAAAAAAUCUUAAUUUUUAUCCAGACAGAAAAUGCCCUCCCAAUAUCAAAGGGUAUGUUUUUUUUUUUUUUACUUUGUGUGUGUGAGAUUAUGCUACUACAAUAAAAGAUUUAGUCUAUUCACACACUCCUUCCACAUGCCAGUACCUGCAUUGCAGUUGCAUUUUAAUCCGAUCCUAUUGUUUACACAAAAUCGGAGUUACAUUGCUUAACGUAAAUCCUUCACUUGGAAGAAAAAUCCUUCUGCUGCUGUGUAAAUGUCGAGUUCUGUUUACAAUUUUGCCAUUAACUUUAAAUCUUUUUCAAUCUAAUAAAUAUGUUGCACAUG